UGUACUUGGAAAUGAGGUAUCAGUCUUGGAGUAGGCGACUUUUAAAAAGCAUCGGCAGCCCGUGAUAUGACGACUUCGCUGGUCCUGCAUCCACGCUGGGCGGACACCUUGAUGUACGUGUAUGAAAAAAGCCCGAAUGAAAGUAAUCAGAAUAAAAGCCAAAUUAUGGAAGGAUUGAGCGGGAAUUGCCCUGCGACUCAUUGCAGGGAACUGAUCUCACACCCCGCGCUGGGGCGGCAUUCCGGCACCAUAGCGACUCACCAGGGAUCCGUGUACUCGGAUAUAUCUUCCCCUGAAACUGGGCGACAGUGCCCCGCUCCACAGACGUCAUCUAGCGCCUCUCUGAGUUACGGCUACCCGUUUGGAAACCCUUACUACGGUUGCAGAUUAUCUCACUCGCACAACGUGAACUUGCAGCAGAAACCAUGUUCAUACCAUCCCGCAGAAAAAUAUGCCGAGACGAGCAGCGCCUUGCCCACUGAGGAGCUCUCCAGCAGGGCAAAAGAGUUUGCUUUCUACCCGAGUUUUGCCAGCUCGUACCAGGCGGUUCCAGGAUAUCUAGACAUGUCGGUGGUCCCCAGUAUUAGUGCGCAUCCCGAGCCACGUCACGAUGCAUUGAUCCCCAUGGAGGGCUAUCAACACUGGGCUCUGUCGAAUGGCUGGGAUGGGCAGGUGUACUGUUCAAAGGAGCAAACACAGACUUCUCAUCUUUGGAAAUCUCCGUUUCCAGAUGUUGUUCCGUUGCAGCCAGAAGUCAGCAGUUAUCGUCGAGGGCGCAAAAAGCGUGUUCCCUACACCAAGAUACAACUAAAGGAACUGGAAAAAGAGUAUGCAGCAAGCAAGUUUAUCACCAAAGACAAGAGACGACGCAUCUCUGCGACAACCAACCUCUCAGAACGCCAAGUUACUAUUUGGUUCCAGAACCGCAGAGUGAAGGAGAAAAAGUUUGUCAGUAAAUCCAAGACUAAUAAUCACAUGCAUACUUGAUGUAUGUGUCGUACUUUUUUUCGCCAGCUUAUAUCCUUCCGUCCAGAAAGUCCUUUAUUUACCUCUGUUCAGAAAUCAUGAAUGAAGAACGUCCGGGCAGCCUCACGCCUAAGCUGUCUUCUUUCACUUUAUUUAAUUUAAAACAUGCACACACACCAUAACCGCCCACUCUUGGGCUUUUUGGGCAUAUGAUACAAAACUAUGAAAAUACAGGAAAAAAAGAGAAAACAUUUCAACUUCGUCCUUUUCUAUGAAUGUACAUAUAUAAGUAAUAAAUAUUUAAAACUACACAAGUAUCAAAGAGACAUAUGGUUUACGUGCAUCUGAAAAUAAAAGGAGACCCGACCCUUCUGCAUCUCUUCUUGAGUGCGUCAAAGCCAACCAGCCGCAGAAAACACUCAUGGGGCUCAACGUACGAGAAGAGGGAAAAAAAUAAUUCUGUGGGACACUUUGGAUGAAUCAAGACUUGUAUAAACUCUCGAAAGGCUGUAGCAAAUGUUGAACUGGAUCACGAAUAGAACCGACAUUUGUUUUUCGUGGAAAUUACAAAGAUUUUGCUAGAAUGAGCCUGCGAGACUUCAAAAGCUAAAUGGUUCAGUGUGGGAUAAAUUGCUUUUUAAUGCCGAGGGUAAA